AAUGGCAAGGAUUCAUUUUGAAAAUAAAACAUAAGGUUAAGAACUUAAGCUAAAUGCAAGGCCUAACUUUAAAGGCCUGUGUGAAGACAAACUUGAACUUGGAGCGAAGUGAAGGGAAAAAGUGAGACGCUGUCUCUUUAAGAAACCCCCACCGUCUGAGAACAGGGGGGGCGUGAGCAGAAUCCAGGAACAGCGAUUGAAAAAAAAAAAGCUCCACCAGUGGACAGUUUCAAGUUCCCCCCAGACUGAAAGCCUGCCUGAUUUGUGGGCAAUGUUGGGGAUGUAAAAAAAAAAGAAACCGGAGCAAAGAGAGAGAAAGGCAGGGGAGAGAGAGAGGAAGACAACACUAAGUGGGUAGCUAUGGAGAUAGUAGCUUUUCCUGAUAGCUUUCUUUGACAGGUGACUAAAAGUAUCACGACACCUUCCAAGAUGUACGGCAAAGGGAAAGGAGCUGUGGUGCCUUCCGACAGCCAAGCCAGAGAAAAGUUAGCAUUAUAUGUGUACGAGUACCUGCUACAUGUGGGAGCACAGAAGUCAGCACAGACCUUCCUCUCUGAGAUUCGAUGGGAGAAAAAUAUUACAUUAGGGGAGCCUCCUGGAUUCCUCCAUUCGUGGUGGUGCGUGUUCUGGGAUUUGUAUUGUGCGGCUCCAGACCGGAGGGAGACAUGUGAGCACUCCAGUGAGGCCAAGGCCUUCCACGACUAUAGCGCAGCAGCAGCGCCAAGCCCAGUCAUGGGCAACAUGCCACCCAACGACGCCAUGCCAGGUGGACCCAUGCCCCCGGGCUUCUUCCAGGGACCGCCCGGCUCUCAGCAGUCCCCACACGCACAGCCCCCCCCACACAACCCCAGCAACCCAAUGAUGGGACCCCACGGCCAGCCUUUCAUGUCACCGCGGUAUCCUGGCGGACCUCGGCCUGCACUCCGAAUGCCAAAUCAGCCUCCGGGGGGAAUCCCUGGGUCUCAACCUCUCCUGCCAAACAGUCUGGACCCGACACGACCGCAAGGACACCCUAACAUGGGUGGACCAAUGAGAAUGAAUCCUCCUCGAGGGAUGGCCAUGGGCCCACAGAACUAUGGAGGAAUGAGGCCUCCUCCCAACUCCAUGGGUGGUCCGAUGCCAGGGAUGAAUAUGGGUCCUGGAGGCAGGGGGCCGUGGCCUGGGCCUAAUGCUAACUCUCAGAUAGCAUACUCCUCAUCAUCUCCAGGAAACUACGUGGGUCCUCCAGGCGGAGGAGGUCCACCCGGAACUCCCAUCAUGCCCAGCCCAGAUUCAACCAACUCCAGCGAAAACAUCUAUACGAUGAUGAAUCCUAUUGGACCAGGAGGAAACAGACCCAAUUUCCCAAUGGGACCUGGGCCUGACGGGCCAAUGGGAGCAAUGGGAGCCAUGGAGCCACAUCACAUGAAUGGAUCACUAGGGUCUGGGGAUAUGGACGGGUUGCCAAAGAGUUCUCCUAACAACAUGGGAGGCAUGAACAACCCUCCUGGAACGCCGAGGGAUGACGGCGAAAUGGGCGGGAAUUUCUUGAACCCAUUCCAAAGCGAAAGUUAUUCACCCAACAUGACGAUGAGUGUGUGAUUUUGUUAUUUUCCCUUUAUUGCUUUUAUUUUUUUAAAUUCCCUUCUUUUUUUUAAUCAAAUCAAUCCUUCACAUUGGAUUGGACCACCUCUCUCCAUCAAACACACACACACACACACCACUUUUUCCUCCACCCUCAUUCCAACCCCACCAUUGGCUCCUCGUACCACCAACAUCAACCACGGUCACUGAGAACCUCUGGGACGCCGCCCCCGGGAGCGUGCUGGGAGCUCCCUCCUGGAGUGUGAGGAGACGCCUGUCGAUGCAAACGGGAAACAGUCAUCGCAGAUCCACAGGAAGUACCUGCUCCCUGACUCCCUGAGGCUCUGGCUUCUCUGACUUCCUGUCAGGGUGCAGACACUGAGUCAGGGUAGAAAGGAGGAUGAGCAGAGAGACAGACGAACAGAGAGAGGAGACUGGAAAAAAACAAAACAAUGAUUCAGCCCUUUCUUGUGGUCAAACUCUCCAAGCAGCUGUUUGCAAACAUCUCAGCCGUCACUUUGGACUUUUAUUUUUAUUUUCCUUUUCCUGUGUUUCAAACCCAAAUGGUGAGUUGGGAAAGCACCUCUUUUUUUCCCCCCUCACAUUAGUCCCUCUGUGUUUACAGAGGUGUUGUUAUAAUUUGAUGAAAAAUAUUUUGUUUCUUUUUUUUUUCUUUUGUGUAUGUAUUGUAUCAUUGUUAUUUUUAUUAUUUUAUUAUUGUUAUUAAUGAUAUUGGUCUUACCAUUUUUAAGAUUAGGUUUUUGUUUUUUUUUUAAAGAAAGGGCACAUGAUUAUAAUGAAGACAGUCCAUUUGCUGUAUAACAUGCGAGCACACUGCCCCCUACUGGUGAGAUUUGACUGAUGGUACUGAUUGGCUCAUUGUUCCCUUUUGAUAAUCCUUAGUUUCUUUCCACCCCUUGUUUGAACAACACAUGACAGAAUAAAAUAAAAGCAGCUCCUGUUUUUGUAGCUUCAAUGCAGUGCAAUGCACAGCUCUAUUUAUUAUCACAUACUUUUUUUUUCAUUUAAAUCAAUGUUAUUUUUUUUUUGUUUGGGAAGUUGUGACCACAGUCUUUUGUUAAAGGAGACAUUUGACAGUUUUCAACACAUAAUAACCUACAUGACCGGGACACUCUGAAUUUUAACAUGCUCAAAAUAAUAUCUCAAGUGUUACGCAACAUGAACUCUUCCUAAUGACUUACAGUACUGCUCCAGUGGUGUCCUGCAGGUAAAUGUUGCCCAGUCCUAAUCUGCCCUCUACAAAAUAGAGGCUGUAGCAAAAAGUCUGAACAUGUGUUGUUGGUCGGACAUCAAAUAAUGGGGUUAAGUGUUGAAAACAGAAGAAUUUCCCCCUUUACUGGUAGCAGCUCUGUAAAUAUGCAGAUCCACUCGGCAGUGUGUUCUAUCUCAACAUCAGGCCCCGGGUCUUUUUUUUGUUCAUGCUGCUUCCACUCCUGCUGCCCACUCUGCUCACUCCACUGUGUUUGUAGGCUGUGGUUGUUGUCUCUGUGCUGACUCAGAUUUGUUUUUCUUUGCUGAUGAGUCCCCGACACUGUGACUUUCUCCAACUGCAGAUAUUUUGAUUCAAUAAUUACCCCAACUGUGUUUAUCAAUCACACCUUGAAAAAACAUUGGUUUAUUUUGUUUCUCACCUGGUCCUGUAGAGGGCAGUCUCUCUGCAGUUCAAGCUCAUAUUCUCUUUGGCCAACUGUUAUAUUUUUAAUACAUUGUGAUUGUGCUGUAAGCAAGCAAGCUAAAACAAUCUCUUAGAGGGAACAUAUCCUGUAACGAGCAGUGAUAAUAUUCAUUUGAUUUUAGCAUUGUUUUUACAGUCAUGUUUCUCAAACAUUUUAAUUUAAGGACCUGCGUUUAAAAAAAAUCAAACACGUUUUAACAUAAUUCACAAGGAGAAGUUGUUCUUUUCAAUUGUAAUAAUGAUAAUAAUUUUCUUGCAAAAGCAGUUUCUCACAAAUCAGUGGUCUGAACCUGGUUUCCUUUUCAAAUGUUAAGAACAGAAAAGACCAAAAAAAAAUCCACUUCCUUUAAAACCCUUUGACUGCAUGUUUCACAGCCUUCUGAAGUUGUUGUUAAGCAAGGUUUAAAAUCUUAGGACAAGAAAAAAAAAAUCAACACAUUUAUUGAAGAUCCCUUAAAAAAACAAACCAAUUGCUAUGAACCUAAAAAUGAAGGUUUUUUUUUUUCACUUUGCUUAAAAGUGAGCAUGCUUAAGAUGUUAGCAAGCAAGCUAAUCCUCCUGGAAGAUGUACAAGAAAAUAGCUAGCACUAAAAUCUGUCACUUUCUCCUUGAUGACUUGGCUAGAAAUGCCUCUGUGACUGCACAGGAGGAGAGUACUGUUGGUCAGUUCCACCUUUUUCUUUCCCGUGCUCCUCAGCAACACAUGGCAGAUAUUUGAAUGUUUUCAAAGACCUGGUUGAUGAUGUGACACUUGUUGGACUAUGAUUCUGGGAAAUCUACCAGCACUGGUACGUGUGCUGCUGGAUAUAUUUUACGCACAGCUGCCUCUCCGUCAAUUGCAUCCUGUGACAUGAGUGGGCCUCCCUUUCUCGCUCUUUACCUUUAAUCAUCAUACAGAAAACGACCUUCAUCUUCUCCGGCCAUUUCUUAGAACUCCACCCUUCUUCUUCUUACGACUCUCCAUCUUUUCUGAGUUUAUUUUUUAUCCUUUUUGGUGUAAAUACUGUAAAAUGCAUUUUGAUAUCAUUGACAUCUUUUGAUAUUUCAGAUCACAACUUGACAGUUGAUCAGAAAACCUGCCAAUUUCGGGCGACUGACUGUGUGUCUUUGUUCAGAGGUGGGAAAAAAAAGGUUCUUUUACACAGAAAUCAUAUGAACGAGGAGGAAACAGAAAUUGGAGCUGCUAUGGACUGAUAUGCUAUCCCACCUCAUCCUAAACAAACCGGGGGAUGGGGAGGGUUCCACAUUUUGCAGCGCUGUAGCAUCAUGGGAACUUAUAGGAUGAGUGAAGACGAUUUUAUUACCAUUCAAUUCUCAGAGCUCUGACAAAUAAGGGUGCGUUCACAUUGACUUUGUUCAGACUGAUAAACCAUUUCUUUUUUUUGUGAUAUCUUUUUUUUGUUGUACAUGGCUGUGACCAGUUUUAUUUAACAUAUUGUGUUGUUUCCUUGUAACUAAUUUGAAGGCCUCACCCAAAACUGCAAUAAUUAACAUUGCAAUCUCUAUAGGUAAUGCAGGCUUUAAAGCCUAGACUUUCUUUCUCUCCACAAAGCUGAAGUAUGCCUCUGUGGCUGCUCAGUCUGCACACUAGCUGUUCUUCCCUUAAAAGUGCGUAUGCUUAAACUGUUAGCAAGCGAGCUCCCUGUUCUCCUGGGCUAACAUACGAGCCCAUUAAGACAGGUCCUGGGUUCUUAUAUUUAGCAGUGAGUGUUAAGUUAUUUUUCCCGUUGCAUCCAUUUCAGAAACUUUUAGGUGUGAACGCACCCUUACUGUGCAAAACCGCUCUGUCCUUAUCUUCUGUUCUUGGAAGGUGGCAAAGAAAUGCCAUUUUUUUUUUUUUUUUUCGUGCAACCCAAUUUUUUCUCAAAAAACAAAACAAGCGCAAAAGAUGCUAGCUCUCAAUCUGACACCAGGGACCACACUUUACUAUGAAGGAUUCUUUUUUUUUAAUGUAUUUAAAUGGGACGGGAGAAAGUAAAGAGGUGGAGAAAUGAAUUUAAAUGGACAGGCAUGUUGCUGAGAGGAGGAGGAGGAGGAGGAGGAGAGGUGUUCACCUCCUCCUGGUUCCACACGUUGAAAUCCUGUUGUAUAAAAUGCAGUCGAACUUCUCUCUUUCCUUCUGUCCUGUAAGUAAAACUCGUCACUGCGUUGAUCAUUUCUGUAUUUCUAUUGUGCUGAUGUAUAAUACUGUAACAUUCAGGGGGGAGGGGUCAGAGAGGAAGUUUUAGGGACUGGGACUAAAGAAAUUUCUUUUUUUGUUGUUUUUUUUUUUUCUUUUUCUUUUUUUCCUCUUCAUGACAAAGCAGUAUUGAAUAUGAGGCAGUCGGUCCCUGGGGAGUUGCUUUGUGUCUCAUGUUAGGGGUAGUUUUCAGAAUCCUAAAUGUCUCGUGUAGUAAAAUUAAAGAGGUUCCUUCUUCGUAUGUUUCUUUAUAUUGUAAAGUUUCUUUAGAUAAUAAAAAAUAAUAAUGUUCCUUAUGGAAAAAGGUGGGAAAACUUGCAUUGAUAAAUGUUUUGUUUUAUUUUUUGCCUUUGGUUUAAUUUUCAUCAAGUUGUCAGUCGUUUUUGCCUGUGUCCCCCUUGUUGUAGAUACAUAUUAAAAACAAAUAAAAUGAAUUCACUCCUUUUUGCCAUGAA